AUGUGUGAAGAACUAACACAACAGAUUAUUAACUACAAGGUUCAGCUUCAGCAAGUUGACACAGCCUUAUCUCAGAAUCAAGAAAAUGAAGACUUGCUCAAAUUGAAAAAAGAUCUACAACAAGCUAUAGAGCUGACCAAACAGCUUCUUUCUUCCCACAUCCAACCUUCAUCCUCCCUGAGAGGCACUGAUGGUGACAAACAUGUCUGCGAUCAACUCCAUCCCUCCUGGAAAGUAGGGGAUGACUGCCUGGCCAUCUGGAGUAAAAAUAGCCGGUAUUACAAAGCCAUGAUCAAAGAUAUUGAUGAAGAGAAUGAGACCGCAACCAUCUCGUUUGCUGGCUAUGACGAUGUGGCAGUCACAUCUCUGCUGACCCUGAAGCCCAUGGAGAAAGAAGAGAAGUUAGACGAGGCUGACAGGGAGGCCAAGGCAAAGAAGGAAAAGCUAGCCCUGCAGCGAGAAUAUAAGAGGAAGAAAGCCUGGAAAAAAGUUCAGCAAAACAAGGAAAUAGAUCAGCAAAGAGAGGCUCAGAAGGACAAAUGGCAACAAUUCCACAGAAAGAACAAAAAAGGCCAGAUCAAGAAGAGCAUCUUUGCUUCCCCUGAGACCCUAAAUGGUAAGGUGGGGAUCGGAACAUGCGGCAUUGCAGAUAAACCCAUGACACAGUUUCAAAAUAACUCAAAUUACAAAACCCGCCAUAUGAUGCCUCAGUAA